UGAUCGGGUGAUCAUCAUUCUCAUUCUAUGAAGAAUCCCUAUGUCAGUGUCAAAGAAUUGCCAAUCAACAAAAUAGAAGGCGCCUGUUGUCGGCUGACGGAGCGAGAGCGAAAUGUGAAGUGAAGUGAAAGAAGUUGCGUGCGGUGGUUUGUUUGAUAGGACUAGGGCGUGUGUUUUACAUAGAUUCUUUUUCCAUUUAAAGGUAUUUUUAUUAAAAGAAAUUAAUCCUGUUGUAGAAUAUUUACAUUCAGAUGUUAUUUUUAACAUAAACUUAAGCUUUCUGCGUUUUUUUUUCGAUUUAACUCUUAUGCACUGUAUAUCAUUGAACUCUUCGAAGAAGAAAUCAGGCUUUUAAAUCGAUAUAAUCCUAGACUUAAGGAUGUUCAAAGGAAGAGUAAAACAUUUACUGCAUUGCCUUUCAUUUUUAUCAUUUAUAUUCAUAUCACUUGUGCUUACUGGAGCUAUUAAUUUAAAUGCAACAGAGAAAGUAACUGUUGAUCCAUGGGAAACCUAUGGUAUUUAUGGGACAGUGCUGCUGUAUGUGUUAAGGCUACUGACAUUGUUGACAAUACCACAGGUCCUCUGUAACUUUUUUGGACUGAUAUUCUUCAAUGCAUUCCCUGGCAAAGUGAAACUGAGAGGGUCCCCAUUACUAGCUCCUUUUAUUUGUAUAAGAGUGGUCACUAGGGGUGAUUUUCCAAAACUUGUAAGAGAAAAUGUAACAAAAAAUAUGAACUUAUGUGUGGAUGCUGGAAUGGAGCACUUUAUGAUUGAAGUUGUCACUGACAAAGUCAUAAAUUUGCCAAAACACAAUAGAGUAAGAGAGGUGGUUGUUCCAUCAGAGUAUAAAACUAAAACUGGAGCCCUCUUUAAGUCUAGAGCACUACAGUACUGUCUAGAAGAUAAUGUUAAUGCAUUGGAAGAUACAGAUUAUAUUGUACAUCUUGAUGAAGAAACUCUUUUAACUGAUAACUGUAUCAGAGGAAUAUUGAAUUUCGUAUUAGACGGUCAGUAUCAGUUUGGACAAGGUCUUAUCACUUAUGCCAAUGAGAAUAUUGUAAACUGGAUAACCACUCUUGCAGACAGCUUUCGUGUGGCAGAUGAUAUGGGAAAACUGAGAUUUCAGUUUUAUAUGUUCCAUAGACCACUUUUUAGUUGGAAAGGAUCAUAUGUUGUAACACAGGUUGGUGCUGAAAAAAAGGUGUCAUUUGAUAAUGGAUUGGAUGGAUCCGUGGCUGAAGACUGUUAUUUUGCUAUGAAAGCUUAUUCACAAGGUUAUACAUUUAACUUUGUUGAGGGUGAAAUGUGGGAAAAGUCACCUUUUACACUGUGGGACUUUAUCCAACAGAGGAAAAGAUGGAUUCAGGGUAUACUGUUAGUGGUUCACUCUAAGGAGAUACCUGUAAUGCACAAGAUAUUCCUUGCAAUAUCAUGCUACUCCUGGGUGACUCUACCACUUUCAACCAGUAAUAUUUUUCUGGCUGCUGUAUGUCCAAUUCCUUGCCCAUACAUUCUUGAUAUUGUUUGUGGUUUUAUAGGUGCUGUGAAUAUUUAUAUGUAUAUUUUUGGGGUCAUUAAGUCUUUUCCUGUCUACAGGUUUGGACCAUUUAAAUUCUGUUUGUUUGUUUGUGGAGCAUUAGCCACCAUUCCAUUUAAUAUUAUAAUUGAAAAUAUUGCUGUUAUUUGGGGAGUGUUAGGAAAAAAACAUAAAUUUUAUGUUGUGAAUAAGGAAAUAAAGAUUCCGGUGACUGUUUGAUCUCUUUCAAUAUGUAAAAUAAAACAUUUUACUAAAAUCUUUCAUUGGAUUGUAUUUUAAGAUAAGUGCACAAAUACUUAAUCCUAAUCACUGCGCAAAAUGAUGAAUAGUGUGGAGUGAUUCACUCGUUGUGAUGUGAUGAGAUUUCUUUAAUUAAAAGUUUUGUUAGAGUAAAACUUUCGUUACCAAAGGAUAUUUAGUAAAAUGAAAACUGUUUCAUAAUUCUUAACUUAAAACUUACUGAAGAGAUUAUCAUAAUGCUGUACUUUGUAAAGCACAAGUUUGUAAAAUGUGUGAGUAGUGGAUAUUAAGUUAUUUUUGGAAGAUUUUGUCUUUUUUAUUUUGAGAUAAUGUUAUGUUUUGUUACAAAUUAAGUUAUUUUUAAUAUAGGUUUAUGUAUGUAAAAGUACCAAAUGAAACAUUUGAUCAAAUAUUUAAAGUGAAAAGUAAUUAUUUUUUGUUCCCUCCACUUAUUUAUUAAAUGUACUAUUAUAUUGUUUUAUAGCAUGAUCAAAAUAUUUCAUUUGAUACUAUACCAUAUAUAUAAUUUUUAUGGUUAUUUUGUACUUAAUUGUCUUUAGUUUUUGAUUUUAAUGAAAAAUUACCAUAUUUAAUUUCAUUGAUGACUGUUAAUGAUUUCAAGAACGAAUUUCUUUUGGUAUCUUCUUAAAUGCUAGUAAGUACAAUAAUAAGUAUUUUGCAAAAUAUUGACAGUGCCAUUUUUUAUUAGUAAAUGCACUCAUUUUGGAACUCAACACUCAUAUUAAAAGAGGUGAAUUUCUAGUUCUAUUUUUAUUAGAACAUACUUGUUUCCAAUCUGAGUCCAUUUGUUUCAAAACUGUGUAAUAACUAGUAGUAUCAUACAAGACUAGUCACAUAAUUUUAUUUUGUAAAUGAUGCAAUUAAUUAACGUCUGCCUUGUUAGUUAAUAAAUAUAGCUAGUAUUAUUUGAGUCACGGGUUACGAAGUUGCCCUUUGUCUCCAAUUUAUCUAAUAAGUAGCCUUGGCUCGGGAACAUUAGUCAGUUUUAAGUUUUGAUGAUUAUUGAAUUGUAGAUUAUGAGAAAAUAUGCUGAAAAUUCUUUAGUUUUUUCAAUUUGUUUAUUGAAGAAACAAGAAAUCUCAACGUGUAACUUCAGUGAACACACUACUACACAAAUUUUAGAGUAAAUUGAUUUAGUGUUCAUAAUGUCACAAAAUUAAUUAGAUCACGGUUUUAAAAUAAUGUGAAUAUUCUUAAAAUACCAAAUAUGAAUCUCGCCACGUAGAUUGUUAUUUUCAUAGAUUCAAAUUGUAUGAGGUCUUUGAUUGUGUGUUAUGUGUGCUUGUAUAAAUUAAAAUCACAUUUAGUAAAGUUGUGGUUAGUGUUAUGGUAAAAUAAAGUCGAGAAGAAUAUGUUUUAAAUCUGUUUACUUUUUCACUUAUUUCUUGUUCCCUCAGCGGCAUAAUAGCUUCUUUUUAGAUAGUGUGUGUAAACAGUUAAAAAAACACGCACCGGUUCAAUAAUGUUAUCGUAUGUCAAUAUUAGUAAUACAAAUCUGUUAGAGGCAAUUGAGAUAUGAUAACGAUUUGAUUGAUACACAUGUAGUGCCUAUGUCACAGUUUGAUGUUAAAGAAAUGUAAUAAG